AAGCAGAUUUUUAACCCCCGUUUUAUCUUUUUGUUUGCAUUCUAGCCUUUUUUGUAGGGAGGGCAUGGUUCAUUUGGUUUUAAGCAGCGAAAAUAUAGGAGCUAAUCCUUGGUCAGUGGUGAGGGUUGAAAAUGCAGUUGGGGAGUCUUCAGCUUAAACCUGUGAGAGUUUAAGAAACUGCCAUUUGUCGUGCUUUGGUCCACAGUUAUCUGCAAAAACAAUUAAAAUACUCCUUCCUCUCCCAGCUACAUAUCUUUAUGAGGCUGGAUUUUCAUCAUAGACUCAACCGAAACGUAUGUCAGCAGGCUGAAUGUAAAAACAGAUAUGAAAACCCAGCUGUCUUUUGUUAAACCAGAUAUUGAAGAAUAAAAAUAUUAAACAGUGCCUUUCUCAUUUUUUUAGAAGUCUGUUUUUACGAAAAUGUGUUAACAUAUAGUAACACAUUCAUUGUAAUUUUUAAUUAAUUGGUAAAUAUUUUUAAAUGCCUGUUCGAAUUUCUAUAUCAACUGAAGUUCUUCGGAGUCUUCAAUAAUUAUGAAGAGUACAAAGGAGCCCUCAGACAAAAACCCAUGGUUGCUACUUAAGAAACUGAUUCCAGGAUCGUGGCCGUGCCCCAGUGGUGGGGACGCGGUGUGCCCGAGCCUGAAGCUUCCUGGGUUUGAGGUUCCUACUUCUCAAAGGGGAAUUUUUAUUUACCUUACAGAAUUGAUAAAUUUUAUAUUCUUUAAGACGAGAUAUUGUUCUAGAUCCCUCUUUAACUGUCUUCCAUUAUCAUAGAUGACAUUCCACACUUACAGAUGAACCAAGUGCUUCAUAUUAUGGGAAAAUGUGUACCUCUUUUUCCACCAAAUCAGCCAGAAACCUCAAUAAAGAGUAAAGAUAGUGGAUUUACAUCUCACUUCCUUAGUGAGGUGUCUCAAGUAGGAUUUCUCAUUAGGACUGAAAGUAAAGGCCAGUGGGAGAGGAACAGGGAGAGCACUUGACCGACAUGUAAACCGAAUGUGCUCGUACUUGGUAGAUGCACGUGGGCCGGGGGCCCAGUGGUUUCUUCAGCCUGGGCCCAGCAGCUAUAUGAUCUCUAUUCAACACUCAUCCUUUUUGCUCAUCAGUUUUCCACAGACGAAAUACUAUUAGACACUUUUCUUCGUUUUUGUUAGUGCUGUCUCUUCUUGAAACGUCAGUGGGAAUAGGAUGCGUGCACAUUUAGUUUUAAAGCUACAGACAACAAGCACCCUGAUUGAGCACGCAGAAGACUUGGUUCAGAGCUCACAGAAGAAUCAGGACAGAGCUCUUAGUUUGGGAGCAGUAAAGUUAUUAUCUUUGUACACAAGAGACCAUGUGAUUAUAAAAUAGCUACUUUUUUGGCUUCUCUGUGUGGUAGUGUUAGAUUAUAAUGUUUAUCUGGUGCAUAUUGACCCAAUGGUGGGGGGAAAGUUUUUAAAACCUUGUGAUAGUAUCUAAAAGAAUAUUAGAUCAUAGCACUUACGGCCUAGUCCCUGUCUGACCAAGAAACACGCCAAUCUGCUCGACAGCAUUGCUCAGUCCAGGAACGUGGAUGUAUUUAAAGCUAAUAAUGUUGGGAAUCUUCUAAUGAGAUCUGGAGUUUUAAAAUGUCCCAAAUGAAAAUAUUUAACCUCUAAAAGAUUAGCUGAGUAAGAGGAACCCUUCCUCCACCCUUUUUACUUCCCCCUCACACACCCCCUCCCAAGGAAGAAAUGUUAAUGGCCCUUUACUUUGCAGGAUUGUUUCUAAUACUGUGUUAAGCAUAGUCUGUUUGGAGCAUAAUAAAAUUUUUGUCCUCAAACAGACUUGAUAUUAGAGCUGUUUAAAUAAUGGCUAUUUUAUUCUGGACCUCAGCUGAGAAUAUAAUACUUAGACUGUUACUUUAGAGUUUUGAACUUUGGUAUUUGUCCACGAAGGGCCUUCUAUAAAGACUUUAAUGCACUUUGGGGAGUGGUGGUUGCUGCUGAGGAUGGUGUGUGACCAUAAAGUUAACGUAAGUCAUGCAGGAACUUGUUCAUGGAACAUGUUGUCUGUGACUCCUUCCUAUGUUGAUUACAGAGAGGUACAGAAAGCCGUCAACACUGCCCAGGGAUUGUUUCAGAGAUGGACAGAGCUCCUCCAAGACCCCUCCACAGCCACGAGGGAGGAAAUCGACUGGACCACCAACGAGCUGAGAAACAACCUCCGGAGCAUAGAGUGGGACCUAGAGGACCUUGACGAAACCAUCAGCAUAGUUGAAGCAAAUCCUAGAAAAUUCAAUCUCGAUGCAACCGAAUUGAGUAUAAGAAAAUCCUUCAUCACAAGUACUCGGCAAGUUGUCAGGGACAUGAAGGAUCAGAUGUCAGCGUCAUCUGUGCAGGCACUAGCUGAAAGGAAAAACAGACAGGCUCUGCUGGGAGACAGUGGCGGUGGCCAGAAGUGGAGCACUGGAACCCCAGAUAAAUACGGGCGCCUUGACCGCGAGCUCCAAUUAGCCAACUCCCAUUUCAUCGAGGAGCAGCAGGCCCAGCAACAGCUGAUUGUGGAGCAGCAGGAUGAGCAGUUGGAGCUGGUCUCUGGCAGCAUCGGGGUGCUGAAGAACAUGUCCCAGCGCAUCGGAGGGGAGCUGGAGGAACAGGCAGUUAUGCUGGAUGAUUUCUCUCACGAGUUGGAGAGCACUCAGUCUCGGCUGGACAAUGUGAUGAAGAAACUUGCAAAAGUAUCUCACAUGACCAGUGAUCGGCGCCAGUGGUGUGCCAUAGCCAUCCUUUUUGCGGUCCUGCUGGUCGUGCUGCUCCUCUUCUUAGUGCUGUGACAGCACAGGAACCGGCGAGGACAAGCCGCCACGCUGUGCCGCUCCCACCUUCCUCUCCUGGGAACACAGCCCACGCUGACUUUUCUCUGUGUGACCCCACCAUUGAGGCAGCUCCUCCGUCCCAGCGCUGGAGGGGCCGGUGGGAAGAAGACCUAACAGCUGCACACUCCGGGCACCUCCUGUCCUGUCCUGAGGACAACUCGCCACUGCUUUGCUUCCCUGGACCUCGUUCCCCGUGGAGGGCCUCUGAGAAUCCAGGAAAAUCCCCAGACUCAGCUAGUGUUCGCUGCUGCUCAUUGCAUCCAUCUUUGGCGGCUCUUUUCUCCUGCUCAGACCCUCUCUCUGCUCAGACAGCCACUGUCCCAUCCUGAAGGACCUGUCGGGAAUGGGGCUCCUGGGUCCCCUCCACUGCUCCUUGUGGAGUGUUCUUUAGCCCCUGAGAGCUGGUCAUUACAGGGACGGAAGGCCCAGAAGCAGUUUGUGAAGAAAAUGCAGUGGUUCUUUUUGCAGGGAUAAGUGCAGGGCUAAAAUUGCUUUUCCAGGCACAUUUUUUUGCAGUAAGAAUAAUGGGAAAUGAUGAAAAACACUGGGUUUUGGGAGUGCUAACAACUUGUGUCUUGAAUUGAAGGGAAGCAGGGAAGCAGGGCAGCAGGACCGAGUGUGCACAGCUGCGGGAAGGGUGGGCGAGGCCGGGGGAGGUCAGAGCCUGGCUGAGUGCAGGUGGCUGUCCGGCAGCCCCCUCCCCAACGGUGCAACUUGUGUUUUUAGGAUGACCCUUAAACAUGUGGCUGCCGAGCGGCGCACUGGAAUGGAUUUAGAUCCUAUGGCACUCUCUCUACCUUGGUGGAUGGGAUUGGGAAUGGUUAGCACAUUUAUUACAUUUAGUCAGAAGCUGUAAUAACAAAAAAGGCUAGUUCUGGACCAGGCUUUUCUUGCCCUGCGAGUAAUGGCAAAAAGGGGUUUGGUUGGUUUUUCCCCCCUAAGGUGACAACUUGAUUUUUGUCAUCCACUCAAAUCACUGAGCCGAUCCAAAUUUAAGUAACAGAUGCUUCUGUUGAGUUUUAGUUGCUGAGACACUAAACUUCAAGCUUCUGGUGACCCUUUAAAUGCUUCCAGCGUGCACGUGUGUAGGAUAUUUUUGUAACCUCCCUGGUGAGGAACGUAAUACUGAAGUCGCAGCUGAACCCAGUCAGCCCGGUGCCAAGGCUGCGUCUUCACCACCCUCUUGCACGAGGAAAGCGCGGUGACAUCUCGAUAGAGUUCUAGCUUUCACUUCUCAUUUCCUCAUCAUUUGGGGUCCGUUCCUAACUUUUUCAAACUUGUUUUCUUGCUUUGUUUGUAUUUCCUGGUUUUUGUUUUGUUCGGGGCUUUUAUUCUGUCUACUUUUUUGUGAUUUGCAACCAUGUACUUGCCUAGCUAACUUUUGAAUUGCACUUUUUAAUAAAUAUUUGUAACAAUUUUUUAAA